AUGUCACGCAGAGCUCCGAAUCCCGCUGCUGAGCGCGCGGCGCAGAAUACACAGACGAUCAAGAGUCUCUUGAAACUGGAGGGCAACAAGACGUGUGCGGAUUGCAAGAGGAAUAAGCAUCCGAGAUGGGCAAGCUGGAACUUGGGAAUCUUUAUCUGCAUCAGAUGUUCCGGCAUCCACCGAGGAAUGGGCACACACAUCAGCAGAGUUAAAUCCGUGGAUCUCGAUGCCUGGACCGAUGAGCAAUUACAGAGUGUUUUGAAGUGGGGAAACUCGAGGGCGAACAAGUACUGGGAGGCAAAGCUGGCUCCAGGCCAUGUGCCAUCCGAAUCGAAGAUCGAGAAUUUUAUCAGAACCAAGUACGAGUCCAAGAGAUGGGUUAUGGAGGGGCCAAUACCGGAUCCGUCUACACUCGAGGCCGACGGAGAUGAUGAUGUUCCAUUGAGCUUGGUCAAGGAGAAGCAUUCCAUUGAGCGCUCGAGCUCGCAGAAGGCAUCUGAGGGACAAGCAGCAGGUCCGUCGCAAGUAAAGAGAGCGCAACAGCCCGAUCUGUUCGGUGAUGAUACCGCACCCCCAAGAGCCAGUCCUGCGGCCACAGCCCCCUCGAGACCUCCGCCCAAAUCAGAGCCAGCGCCUCCCAAGCAGACCAAACCUGCGGAUUCGCUCCUCGGGUUAGACUUCUUUGGCACCGAGGCUCCUCCCCCAAGUCGACCAUCCAGCGCAGCUCCAGGUCCAGGGACACAGUCGCGGCCAGAUUUGAAACAGUCGAUUUUGUCACUCUAUGCAUCCGCCCCUCGUCAGCAGCAGCAGCAGCCCUCCCAUGCAUCUCAAGGAUCUUUUGGAGGCAUGCAACCGGCACCACAGUCGCCCCCCGCUAUGCAAUCAGGCUUUGGUGGAAUGAAUGAUGCAUUUAGUGGUUUGAGCUUCUCAAGCCAGAAUUCUGCCCCCACACAAUCAACAAAUGCUUUCUCAGGCUUAGGCAAUGUUUCAAGCCACCAGCGGGGUCCUUCUCAAGUAUCUUCUCCCUCUUCUAACAUGGGCGGAGGUACUUUCUUUGACACAAAGCCAGCUGCAGCGCCAGCUCAGCCAAGCCGAGGAUUUAGCUCGUCCAGCGGAUUUGGUGCCUUCGACUCGGCGCCAGGAACCUCAUCACCGGCCCCUGUCUCGAACACCAGCUCGGGUAUGAACGACUUGUUCGACUUCGCAACACCUGCUCAACCUGCUGCCAACCCUACGGCUGCUUCAUCCACCAACCACGAUUCAUCAAUGUUCAACCUCUCACAACCUGCGGCUGCAGCAAAAGCACAAUCGCCACAACCGGCAACGGGUGGUGGUUGGGGCAAUAGUGACGCAUGGGGAUCUAGUGAUGCUUGGGGCUCUACGGCCAAGACGAGCCCUUCAGUCAGUAUACCAGCACCUCAAACCAGCUCGGGUGACUUUGGAUGGGGCUCUGGAACGACAUCUCUGGCUAAUCAGAGCAUCGUUCCCGGUGGAGGUGGAGGAUUUAGCACAGCAAGCAGCGUGCCUCCGAAAGUAAGCGCAGACGUUGAUUUUGGAGGCUGGAGUAGUGCUACUCCUGUCACACCAGCAGCAGGUACGACGGCAGGGGCGAAGCCGGCAUAUGGCGCGAGCGAGGACUUAUUCUCGAAUGUUUGGGAAUGA